CGGAGAGCGCGUCUGGGGUGGUGACGUCAUCCCCGCGUCAUGUUGCGUCAUAAUGGUCCGAGCAUGGCGCAGUGUGGAUGGUGCAGGCGGCCCUGGCAGCGUGUCCGGCCUCAGCCGCGGCCCGCCUGCGUGGCUGGUCCAAUAAAAGACCCCCAUCCCCAGGCCAGGCAGCACUUCCACGGUUAUGCCAUGCAGCUUGUUUAAAGGGUGGAGGAAACAAGCUACCUUAACAACAUUUGGUACAUCUAGUAAUCUUUUUUGAAGACUUUAUUUCAGACCUGGUAGUGCCCUUUCUCAAAGUGAAAUUUGAUCAUCCUUCAAUUCUACCUUUAUGGCUGUAGCUUUUAAACUACUGGCUAGUGCUCGUCCUCUUAGGGAGUGCCAGAGGCACAAAGUCUUGCAUUCUUUGCUUGGCCCUCUCGUCACUAAUCACAUCUCCAAAAUGUAUAGUAGCUAUAGGAGACCAGGAAUAAGCCCUGAUGACACUCCAGUCUGGAAAAAAAUUGAUUUCAGUACUGAAAAAGCAGUGAAUGGGGUUAAAAAACAUUUUAAAUUACUAAAGUCUGAGAUAGCAGAGCAUGUAACAAGUUAUGAUGGCCAGCCUCUGCAUGUUCACUUAUGGGAAGAGACUAGAGUGGUCUGGAAAUUCCACAGCCAGAAAGAUUUAGAUAAAUGGAUAGCUAGCUCCGAUACAGAGAUUGGAGGGAAAAGUGAAGCCUACCUAAAACUAGGCAAGAAUAACCAAAGUGCUCUGUUCUAUGGGACCCUCAAUACUGAAGUACCUCGUGAUGGGGAAACAAAAUACAGUGGAUAUUGUGGAUUUAAAGCCAAGCCACGACUGGGGGUUUUUAAUAGGAAGAAAUACUAUGACUGGACAAACUUUAAUAGUCUGCAUUUACGUGUCCGUGGUGAUGGUCGACCCUGGAUGAUAAACAUUUUUACAGACCCAUACUUUUCCCAUCAAAAGGAUGAUAUGUACCAUUACUUCAUGUUCACCCGAGGCGGUCCAUACUGGGAAGAAAUCACGAUUCCAUUCUCCAAGUUCUUUCUAUGUAGUCAGGGGAGAGUCCAGGAUCGCCAGUUUCCACUCUGGUUAGACAAAAUUAACACUAUUGGAUUCACACUGGGAGACCAGGCACAUGGUCCAUUUCAGCUGGAGAUAGACUUCAUUGGUUUGCUUAUGGACAGAGCUCAUACUGAAGAAUUUGCCUAUGAACAAUAUGAAAGGAACACCAAAUUCUAGAUUGACUUGCCCUCAAAUGGAACAGAUGCUUCAGGAGCUUAUUAAAUAUGUAUACAACACUUUGUUGAUCUUGACUAGGUUCACAAUGCUGUUAGAAGAACCCAUGUAAAUACUGAAAAGGAGGGUUGUAUGGGAUGGACAUGCAUCUUGCAACUUUAAAGAUGUACUAAUGUUUUUUUCUGACUUCCAAUCUAUUUUCACUACGGGCUUCUGCAACUAAGUAUUGUUGGAGCAUUGCAUCAGAGAAAGAAGGUGUGGUAAUUAAUAAACAGUUGUAUGGUGAGGGUUGCUGAAUGGAUAUCUUCAGACAUGCUUAUUAUUGACCAGGUAGUUUCUCAGAUAUUUGUGAAACUAAGAAGAGCAAUUCAGAAAGUAAAAGAAAUAAGAGCUAUUAGAA